ACUCUGCAAUGAUUGUACUAUAGUUUCAUAAAUGGAGGCAGAUAUAACUAUAGCAGGUUUCAGAUAGGAGCACUUCUCACAUGGAGCUUCUCAUGGAGAAGUCCUCAUCUAUUUGUAUACAAACAAUCAUUGACAACAUAGUAUCAUACUUGAGUGGUGAUACUUGCAAAAAUAUUCCACUUGUUAAAGUAAGCAAUAACAAUUUAUCAACAAAUGGGGAAUUAUAUUUUUCACCCAACCUUAAAGUAUGGAAAAGCAUAUUGCAUUGUAGAAACAUAUGCGAUGGAAAGUGUGCAACAAUUUUGGAACAUUUCCUACAUGUGCACAGCAGUGACAUAAGUGACAAGACUGAGACAGAUGUUGCAAAACAGGUUUUAGAGUUACUGAUACUGUCCAGCUGCAAUUGGCAGAUAAAAAUAGAAAGAUAUUUAUUGGAAAAAGAACGAGUUUGCUUAUUUUUGUAUCGUACUCCUCUCAUAACAGACUCGAUUAAGGCAGUCAUCCAUCUGAAAUGCAACUUUGGAAAACCCUCUUCGAUUAAUAAAGUUUUUAGUCUCAAAACACACGAAGAUGAGGAAUCAGAACUCACAACUGCAAGAUUACAUUUAAUACGAAGUGUAACAGAAAAUAUUUUGAAUCUACAUGGAUGUAGAACAGGUGAAGAAGAGCCUGAUUUUAAACUUGUAUUUACCUCUAAAUCACAAGGUAAUGCAAAUGAGAAUUAUGAAAGGUGUGUGUGCGGUGUUGUAAAGAAUAUAGAUUCGAAUACUAAGGAGACAACAAUAUCAUGGAAAGAAUAUAUUAGGAGCAAAAUUAAAGAAUUGGAAGCUGUAAAUGAUGAGAAGUUUUGUGAAUUAUACGAACACAAGUUACAGGCGGAUGGUUGUUUCUUUGAAAAUGUUGCAAAGGCAAUGAUUACAUUUCAAUUACUGUCUGUAAAACCCAGCCGUUCUAUUGUUAUUGGAUGUAAUUCUGCACCUAACAGGGCCAUCACAAAUAUGAAAGAUGCAUCUUUUAUAUUAUAUAAUACCGUAAGAAUAACAGCAAUUAUUGAAAAGUAUAAUGAUAAAAGAUCGAUAGGGAAAUACCCUGAUUUACCAAACAUUGAUGAUGUAAACUUUUCUUUGCUAGAUGAUGAGGAAGAAUGGGAACUCAUAUAUAACUUUAUCAUUGGAUAUCAGACAAUGAUAAAGGACUGCUUGAGGUAUGAACCUGUUUUCCAAACAAAUCCACAAGUUAUAUGUAUGUUCUUGUCACGGUUGUGCCAAAAAUUUAGUAUCUAUUAUCGUAGAGUCAGAAUUCUAACUGAAGCAUAUGAUCAUUUGUUUCCAAGAAUGAUUGCACAAUUAUACAUGCUGCAUGCAUUGCAAAUUGUACUUGAAAAUGCUCUUGCAUUACUUAACAUAGUUCCUGUAGCUCGAAUGUAAUAAUAUUGAAAAGAUCGAUAUAAAACUAUAGAAAAUACAAAUAUGUAUAAUUUUAUACAAAACAAAUAAAAUAAGUAAGGAACAAAAU